AUGAGUAGUCAAUGGGAUGUUAUUUUGUCCUCAUUGCAGGACAUUUACACAUGGAACGAAAAGAUGAGUUUUGAUGAUAAGGAGGUUGAACGGCAAGCAAAGUUUACUGAAAUGAGCGCAGAGGAACUACAAAAUGAGCUAAUGGCAUUUCAAGAGCAUCGAGAAAACUUGAACUUUGCCCGUAAGCACAUCAGCAAUAUUCAAGAAGCUCUGGAUGAGUUGCUAAAAUACAUUGCAACACACCCAGAAGCAGUUACAGUAUCUAACGCUCCCGAACUAUCAAGGGUAGGUAAAUCUUAUUGGGCAAGUAACUACAAUCCGAAUGAGCCUAUCUACCUUGGUUCUGAGGUUGCGUAUAAGCCUAGGAGAACUGGUGCAGAGGGAGAGUGGUUCCAGUGUGAAGUGACAAAAAUAUCUGCAGACGGGACCAAAUUUGAGGUUCGCGACCCUGAACCAGACGAAUUUGGGCAGUCUGGUGGGACGUUCAAGUGUAACUGGAAAGAGCUGUUGUUGAUUCCUCCACGGAACUCCACCAGGCAGCAGACGCCAAACUAUCCCAGUAGCACAAAAGUUCUUGCGCGCUAUCCUGAAACCACGACAUUCUACCCUGCCAUGGUCAUCGGCAAUAAGAGAGACGGUACAUGCAGGCUGCGAUUCGAUGGAGAGGAAGAGGCCGGAAAAGAAACUGAAGUUGAUCGACGCUUUGUACUGCCUUUUCCGGCCGCCCGCAGACCAUAA